AUGGCCCUGGUUCUGCAGCUGCUGCUGCUCUCAGGAACUCAAGGGGACCCAGUGGCUUCCUUGAAGGGUCGUCCUGGGGACCGGGUGAAUCUCUCCUGCGUAGGAGUCGCGCACCCCAUCCGCUGGGCCUGGGCACCUAGCUUCCCAGCCUGUAAAGGCUUGUCCAAAGGACGCCGUCCGAUCCUGUGGGCCUCGUCCAGCGGGACCCCCACCGUGCCUCCUGCCCAGCCCUUCGCCGGCCGCCUACGCGUCCUGGACUCUGGCAUCCGGCGGCUGGAGCUGCUCCUGAGCGCGGGAGAUUCGGGCACCUUUUUCUGCAAGGGCCGCCAAGAGAACGAGAGCCGUACGGUGCUUCAUGUGCUGGAGGACGGGGCCGAUUGUAGGGCUACCGGGCCUUCUCAAAGAGCUCUCCCCUGCACCAGCUUCGACCAUCCUCUGGACUUGCUCUGUCCCCCCCACAUAGCUCCACUGGUGAAAGCCGAGCCGCAGAGGCCAGUAAUGGAGGAGGAACCCAAGCUCCCAGGAGACCCGGAAGAAGAGCCGAGCCUGCUUUAUGCCGACCUGGACCAUAUAGCCCUGAGAAGACCCCACCGCCAGUCCCCAGCCGUUCCUGCUGAUGCCUCCACCAUCUAUGCGGUUGUAGUUUGA